ACGUUUCUCUAAGUCGACUAAGUCUAGUCACAGUCUAGUCUUAGGCUUAGGCUGUCUACUCUUAGCAAACAGAAUCUAGAUUCUAGAUGUCCACAUCUACUCUAUUUUAUGAAAUAUAAUAAAAUAGAAUAUACAGUAUACAUAGAUCAUCUAUAAUAUUCUAUUAGUAUUCUAGAUCUAGAAAUUAGAAUCUAAAUCUACUGCAGGCUGCUGCUGCAUCAAAUCAGACUGACUCUGAGACUCACCGUCUCACGUCACUCAGUAGUCAGUAAAUGAGUAAAUGAUUUAUUGACCGAAUAAAGAUUUAUUUUGUACUUGCAUUGAAUCUUAAAGAGAGAUCUGUUUAUCUACAUCAUUCAUUAUACUGUAUUAAAUGGAUGACCAACAAGAAACAUAUAAAUUAUGGAGGAUUCGCAAGACAGUUAUGCAGCUUUGCCAUGAUCGUGGUUACUUGGUCACACAAGAGGAGUUGGAUCAGACUUUAGAUGGAUUCAAAGCUCAGUUUGGAGAUAAACCUAGUGAGAGAAAACCCAGCAGAAGUGAUUUAAUUGUAUUGGUUGCUCACAAUGAUGAUCCAACAGAUCAGAUGUUUGUGUUUUUCCCUGAUGAGAGUAAAGUGGGGAUUAAGACCAUCAAAACGUACUGUCAGAGGAUGCAGGAGGAAAAUAUCAUGAGAGCAAUCAUUGUAGUCCAACAGGGCAUGACACCAUCAGCUAAGCAGGCUCUUGUUGAGAUGGCUCCCAAAUAUAUAUUAGAGCAGUUUAUAGAAUCUGAGCUACUUAUAAACAUAACAGAACACAUGUUGGUGCCUGAACACAAAGUUAUGACACCUGAAGAGAAAGUUGAAUUGUUAAAUAGAUAUAAAUUAAAAGAAUCCCAGCUUCCCAGAAUUCAACAAGGUGAUCCAGUUGCACGAUAUUUUGGAUUAAAACGAGGACAGGUAGUUAAAAUUAUUAGACCCAGUGAAACUGCAGGACGUUAUGUUAGCUACCGCUUGGUGGUGUGAUUAUUGAUGCUGAAGCUUGUGUAUGUCUGUGUGUAUAAGUUAUGCAUUGUUUAAAGUAAGGAAGUGCUCUCAAGACUGUCUGAAUGCAUUUUCAUUCUUUUAAUUGCAGUAUGAAGCUCAUUUUUUUUACUUUGAAAAUGCCAUUAAUGUACAGAUUUUAUUGUGUAUGAAUGGUUACAUUCUAGAAGACUAUUGAUGUUGAUUUAUUAUUAUUAUGUGUUAAAUGUAAUAUCAUUCAAAAUAAAUUUAAUAAUAAACUUUAAAAAAUGUCA